AUGGGGAGAGCAAAGCGGGGGGAGCUUUUGGCAUUGCUGAGACUGCCAGCAGCCUGGGCAGGGCCCUUUGCAAUGAACCGCAAGUUCCACGACCUGGCUGCAGAGCUCACUCGUCUCUGCCCGUUCCUACCAUCCUACCCCCCGACACUCCUACAAAUGUGCUCAUCCCUUGUUUUCCCCAAACCAGGAUUUCCCAUUGCCAAGGCCUGGGACGCUGCAAGGAAGAGGAAGAUGCCCCGGGACACUGAGACAGAGCAGGAGCUGAGCAUGGAGAGCAGGGAGGACAAAUGCCAGCGGCAGAACCUGGUGGAAGAGGCCGUUUUGAGCGGCUCCACGGCGCAGGAAGCCAACGGGGAGGAAAAGCCGUGGAGAUGCCGCACGAGGCGGGGCUGCAAACGCAGCUGGCGGGGAUCUGAGGGGGAAAGAGCCAGCCUGGGCCGGGAAGGCGGCCAGAGACGGAGCCAGAGCUCGGAGCUGGUGCUCCAUGAGCAGCUCCAUGAUGGGGAGAAGCCCCACACGUGCGUGGAGUGUGGGAAGAACUUCAGGCGGAACUGCGACCUGAUUGUGCACCACAGGAUCCACACUGGGGAGAAGCCCUAUGAGUGUGGGGAGUGUGGGAUGUGCUUCAGCCAGAGCUCCGGCCUGAUCACGCAGCAGAGGACCCACACUGGGGAGAGGCCCCACGAGUGUUCCAAGUAUGGGAAGAGGUUUAAGAACAGCUCCUGUCUCCUCCAGCUCUUUUGGAUGCACAGGGAGGUGAGGCCUUUCCAAUGCCCCGACUGUGGGAAGGGAUUCAAGCACAACUCCACCCUCAUCACCCACCGGCGCAUCCACACUGGGGAGAGGCCCUACGAGUGUGAUAAAUGCAAGAAGAGGUUUCCGACCAGCUCCAGUGUCCUCCUGCGCUAUCGGAUUCACACAGAGGAGAGGCCCUUCCACUGUCCCGACUGCGGGAAGGGAUUCAAGCACAACUCCCACCUCAUCAGGCACCGGCGCAUCCACACUGGGGAGAGGCCCUACGAGUGUCCCCAGUGUGGGAAGAGCUUCUCCAGCCGCUCUAGCUUGACCCAACACCAGCGGAGGCACCGCUAAGGGAAGCCCUGUGAGUGCCCCGACUGCGGGCAGAGCUUUGUGCGCUGCUCCAGCUCCAUCCCCCACUGGAGGAGGCACUUUGGGCACAGCCCUGGUCGCUCACAUUCCCUGUGAUCCAUGUUGACAACACACCUGGCUGCUUCUACUUUUUGUUUGGCCUUAAUUUUCCUCUAUUCUCCAUCUCUUUGCACUGCAAAAGCCAAGAGGAAUGGAUCUGUCACCUCAAAAUCACUCAAAUCCCAGUGAAAACAGCUCAAUCUGACCCCAAAAAGAGCUCAA